AUGGUUCAAUACCCUUUCCCGAUACCAAAUGGACCUCCAUUUCCUUUAUCGAACAUUCCGUUCGGCAUCUUUCACACCGAGGAUAAUCCUGAUCCGCGGCCAGGUACUGCGGUUGGUGACCAUGUUUUAGACCUUAGAAUCCUCAUCCAGAGCGGACUGCCUGUGGACGUGUCCGUGAAAGAAGCAUUAGCUUCGUCCACACUAAACGCUUUUGCUGCGCUGGCGGCUGAUGUACGCAACUCCCUUCGGAAAGCCAUUCAAGAGGUUUUGCGAGAUGAGUCCUCCAUCUUGUACCGAGAAGAUGCCGGCGUUAUCUCUGCCGACCAAGUCACCAUGCAUGUCCCAAUGAAGAUUGGCGGCUUCACGGACUUUAUGUGCUCACUGGAACACGUCCAAACUAUGGGCCGCAUGGCAGGAUACAAUGAAGUCCCUCAAAACUUCUUCGACCUACCAGCGGCAUACAACGGCAGAGCAUCAUCCGUUAUUGUUAGCGGACAGGAAGUCACCCGACCGCAUGGCAUUCUUCCUGGCCCCAACGGCGCAACAUAUGCUCCCAGCCAGAAGUUUGAUUUUGAGCUCGAAAUGGGUGUUUUUAUCUCCAAGCCUAUCGAAUACGGCAAACCUACUCCAGCUUCCAGAGCUCGAGACCAUGUCUUUGGGUUUGUGCUUCUGAAUGACUGGAGUGCCAGAGAUAUCCAGUUCUAUGAGAUGACGCCGCUGGGGCCAUUCAACGGCAAAGCUACGGCGACAAGUAUCUCACCUUGGAUUGUGACCAUUGAGGCGCUAGAAGAAGCUGGUGCGUUGGUUACCACGGAAGGUCAAAGUUUGAAGGGGGGGAAGAAUACGACGAUUCCAUUCCUACAAUGUCAGGAUGAUGUUGUAGUGAGGGUUUCAACGUCCCUGUCUCCUCCGGAUGCGGUCUGGACACGGGUGACUUGCUCGGUACAGGUACUCUUUCAUCUACCACCGAACAGAUCAAAGAGUUUGGAAGCGACCACGACCCGAUACAUAGGUCUGGGUGUUUGUUUGAGCUCGUGCUAG